AUGGCCACCGCGAGCGUCCUCACCCCGCACGACAUCCCGACCACCCUCAACUACUACGCGCCGGUCGGCGACGAGGCGCCGUACCAGUACGUGCAGGAGCCGCCUGCGGGCAAGCCGUCGACGAACAUCGGCACGGACCCACAGCCGGUGCUCGUGCACGACGCGCGCGGGCACGAGUCCGAGUUCUCGCUCGACCAGAACGGGUUCCAGUACGUGCAGUGGCCGAGCGUCGAGAGCGAGUUCAACGACGAGGAGCGCAUCAAGGAGAAGUACUACCCCGAGGUCGAGGAGAUCCUGAAGAAGGUCGCAGGCGCGAAGCGCGUCUUCAUCUUCGACCACACCAUCAGCAAGCAGGUGCAGGAGGUCACGAAUGACAAGCCGGUGACCUACCGCGGCCCCGUUGAGCGCGUACACAUCGACCAGACGUACAACGCGAGCGUGAACCGCGUCAAGUACCACCUACCCGAAGACGCCGACCGCCUGCUCAAGUCGCGCGUGCGCAUCAUCAACGUCUGGCGCCCCAUCCACCACCCUGUCGCGCACAAGCCGCUCGCGGUCUCCGACUGGCGCUACCUCGCCCCGGAGGACCUCGUGUCCGUGCGCUUCAUCUACCCGCACCGCGAGGGCAGCACGUACAGUGUGCGCUACAACCCGAACCACCGCUGGUACUACCUCUCGAACCAGACCCCGGAGGAGGUCACGCUCAUCAAGUGCUACGACUCGGAGGAGGACCGCGCCCGCCUGACGCCGCACUCGGCGUUCCUCGACGCGACCGCCCCCAAGGACGCGCCGCACCGCGAGUCGAUCGAGGUCCGUGCGCUGGUGUUUGAUGACGAGUAG